UUGUUCUUCUGGCCAGCUGCAUGUUAUUUGUUAAUCGGCUCGAUUAUAAAACUUUAUGAAUUAAAACUAAUAUUUAACCAUGUUGCGAUCGAGGAUUUCCUGCGCACUUCAACCCAGAAGAUUGGUGUCCUACUUCUCGGCGGAAUUCAAUAAGUUGGCGAACGAGGGACCAGCGAAAUUCGCGGCAUCCAGCAGUCAUGCCGUAACCAAUAUAGAUUUGGACCUGUUUGUCAAUCCGGACAAUCGGCCCAUGGACCUAGUGGAUCGACUGCUUAGGCUCAGAAAACAAAAGGAGGCCAGUUUGGUGCCUUUGCUACCGAGUGUUCUGGUCAAGCAACUGGUGGACUCCACAAAUCCCCAGGAGGCGAUAUCGGUGCUGCGUAAUCCCACCCAGUACGGCCUGUUCGUGGACCAGUUCUCCGGCUGCUACCUGUUGGACUUCCUCCUCCACAAUGGCCACGCCGUGGAGGCGGCUCAGGUGGCCACUAUUCUGGUGGACAGGAACUUAUGCAACAACGAGUUGAUCGAGUCCCUGGCCCUCCAGUCGUUUUGGUCCUUUGCCAAGGACUUCAAGCCCUUUGAGUCCUCGCAAGUUCAACCUCCUGCCAAAAAUGCUGAAGUGGAAAAAGUUCGCGUGAAGUUCAUUCGCAAUUACCCCGAAGAUGCCAGCGAAAACACCGAGGAAAAGAAACUGGGUCGAGCCAUGAUUCGAUUGGGUUCCGGCGAAGGGUCCUUGAAAGAGCUGAAGCAGAACAUUGCCCUACUUGGCUAUGUGAUAUCCGGCCAGGUGGCAGAGGCCUCCAGUUUUCUGACCAAGAACCAAGCUGCUCUCCACAAGGAAACUCUUACCGCGGCCCAAAGUGUACUUGAAAGCCUGAAGUUAGAGGGAUCCGAAGAGUUGCUCAAGUCUCUUCAAGAAACUCUUGAGAAGAGUAGCAAGUCCAAUGCAAUCCAAUCGCUACUGGAGAAUAGCGUUAAAUCCAGCGCCCAGAAGUUUGAACCCAAACUGUUGGCCGACUACGGUGAAUCGUAUCAGGAGUGGGCCAAGAAGUUUGAGAGCGCUGUUCAGUACCAACUGGAAGCCCAAAGUUUGGCGGAGCGUAAGGCCAGUAUUCAGAAGACGCUCAGCGAACUGGAGGAGAAGCGCCAGAAUCUCUGGUUCUUCGAGAACAGGGACGACAUCGACAUUCAGAUCUACAAGAAGAAGGUCUACUAUCCCAAGCGCUGGUUCGGCAAGAAGAAGAAGCCCAAGGCAGCCGACACCUUCUAUGUGCCGCCGAAUAUUACGCACAACGCUUAACCCCUGACCACAAACAAGUUAGAUCCAAUUGUUUUUAAGCUUUAAUUAAACUACUGGAGAGUUAAUCCAAA